CGGCAGGCUGGAGAUGAUUGGGUUGCCGGCGAGGGUGGUGAAUAGGUUCAUUCCGGCGACGGCAGCAGGAGACAACAGCGGCAGCGGCGGCAGCACGAGAAGCAGCGGAGCUACGACGGCUGCUGCUGCGGGAGAACAACAAGAGCGAGAACGACAACAAGAGCGGGAGAGGGAGAGGGAGCGGGAGGUGUUCAUCGACGUGUUCGCCGGGGGCACCCUGCUGACCUGGGAGCAGCUGCGGUCCAUGAUGGCGGAGUACGGCAUUCCGCUGCAUCGGAGUCAUGUACGGCCGUUGGAUGCCGUACGGAUGUACGAGCGAGUGUUGGCGAAUCUGUACGGCAUCUACAAAGACACGGACAACCUGCCGUGCAUCUGCAUGGUUCUGGAGCUGCUGGCGGAGGUGGCGGAGGGGCGUCACGAGCUGCUGCACACCCGCCUGCGCGCCAGCAGCCUGACAGAGGAUUGGGGCGAUGCGGCGCGCUGUCUGCAGCAGCUGGAG